CCGCCCUCUACUCUUCUCCCUCGCAACGGACUCUCCCUUCAAACGGGAAACAAGAUGGCGGCGGUAGGUCCGAGUACUCGGGCCUCUUCCGCAGCGGUAGCUACGGCUCUGAGUCGGCGAGGCCGGCGGGGUCGCUGUGACGAGAUGGCGGCAGCAAAGACUGGGGCCCCAGGCCCGGCCUCUGGCCCCGCGAUGUUGGUACUGCCGUCGCCGCCGCCUUCGCGAGCGGAGGAGUCCGGCUGCGCCGGGUGCCUGGAGACUCCGGGGGAAGCGGCGGCCCUGCCGUGCGGUCACUCGUUGUGCCGAGGCUGCGCCCAACGCGCCGCGGAUGCGGCGGGCCCCGGCUGCCUACGCUGCCGCGCCCGUGGGCCGGGCUGGUCCCGCCGUCGGGCCCGCGACGACAGCCAGGCCGACUCGGAGGUGCCGGGCGAGCGCGCCCGUCGCGGCCAGCCGGAGCGCUGCCGCCCGCGCCGGGACGGGGGCGCGGCCGCCGCGGGCCCCAGGCCGGAGCAGGAGGCGCGCGCCGCGCCCGCGGAGCCAGAGUUUAUAUUCAGAGCACCAAUCAAAUUGAGCAAGCCUGGGGAACAUCGUGAGGAAUAUGAAUGCCUGAGAAAGGUUGCUGGAUUUGUAUCAUUCUCCCUUCACCCUCUUCCUGCACUACCACUGCAGCUGAGAGAAGAGAAGUUACAAGAGGAGAAAACCUCUGAAGAUCAAAUUCACAAGCUGUUCCCUGAAGAUACAGAAGCAGGGAAGAAGAAAAUGGAUGAACAGAAAAAAAGAGAUGAGCCAUUAGUAGUAAAAACAAAUCUGGAACAUUGCCUUGCGCGUCUCUCAGAUUCAGAGAAUGAAGAACCUUCUCGAGGCCAGAUGACACAGCCACAUCGCUCAGCAUUUGUUUCCAAGAACAACUCGUACUCUAUAGCUUUCCUGGCAGGAAAGCUAAAUCCCAAGGUGCAGAGGAGUCAGAGCUGCAGUGACACAGCUCAGGACAGAGUGAAAAGCAAACUCAGAGCAGCUCCAACCAAAAAAGCCAAGGUCACAACCAUGACCCCAGCCUCCAACCCCAUCAUUGGUGUCCUUUUGUCCACUCAGAACAACCGCUGUCUCUCAGCCCCUGAUUUGACCAUUGAAAAGCGUCUGCCCUUCAGCUCCUUCUCAUCUUUGGCUUCCCUGCAUAAGCCAGAGCGCUCCAUCAGCCCCGAGAGCAAUGACAGCAUCUCUGAAGAGCUAAAUCAUUUCAAGCCCAUUGUCUGCUCACCUUGUACUCCUCCCAAGAGACUCCCUGAUGGCCGCGUACUAAGUCCCCUUAUCAUCAAGUCAACACCUCGCAACCUAAACAGAAGCCUGCAGAAGCAGACCUCUUAUGAGGCCAGUCCACGAAUCCUCAAAAAGUGGGAGCAGAUCUUUCAGGAGCGACAGAUCAAAAAGACCCUUUCCAAAGCUACUCUCACCUCCCUGGUCCCUGAAACAGGGGAAGACUUACCAAGUUCUGAAGUUGUCCAUUCAAGCAAGGAGAAGCCACUUCUGGCUUUAAAUACAAGACUAUCCAGUGGGCAGAUGCUUUCUGAAUCCACUGGACCCACCCCCACUGAGUAUUUCCCGUCUGUUAGCCAAUCACAGGCAGAACAGGGAAAUAAUGGUAAAAAGAACACUGAGAUGUCAUUGGAAACCUGUUCCUCAGAACUCAAAGAGGGAAUCAGAGGGACUCCUGUGGAGGGAGAGCAGCGUGCGGGACCAGGGUUAACCCCAGAUGCUAAGUUAGAUAAAACCUGUAUAAGCACAGCCAUAAAAAUAUCAGCAGUUAAUUCAGUGGUACCCAAAAGUAAUGUUUUGGGUGGGGUCCUCAAAACAAAAAAACAGCUGAAGACAUUAAAUCACUUUGAUCUGGCUAAUGGUGUUCUGGACAGCCUAGGUGAGGAACCACUUCCUUCUUUGCGGCGGGGCCAGAAAAGACGUUGUAAGACCAAGCACCUGGAACAAAAUGGCUCUCUUAAGAAACUGCGACAGGCCGGCAGUGAGGUGGGUCUGGCCCCAGCAGACCCAGUACUGCGAGAGAUGGAGCAGAAAUUGCAGCAGGAGGAGGAAGAUCGACAGUUGGCUCUGCAGUUGCAGCGCAUGUUUGACAAUGAGAGGCGGACAGUGAGUCGCCGAAAAGGAAGCGUAGAUCAGUAUCUCCUACGGUCCAGCAGCAUGGCUGGGGCCAAGUAGCACUUAAUGAACAGUGUUCACUUUUUUUAAGAGGUCUUUGGUCUCGAUCAUUUAUCUAAAGAGUUGAGUGUUCUCAUUUUGGGUUCCUUUUAAUGCAAAGUACUGUAUAAUAUGGUUUUGAGAGAUUCCAGGACCUUGGUAGUCAAAAGUCCAAGGCAAAUACAUCUCUGUUCUUUGUGACCCAGCCAGAAGCACUCCUCAUCCCCCAGUAACCUCCCUCUGGAUGCUUCUGGGCCAUAUUUGGCAGUACCCACUUGGAAUGAGAUUUGAAGUGGUGUCAUUCCGAGGCAUAAUGAUCAGAGUUAAAUGGUAAAGGAAAGAGGGGAUACCUUCUCAAACUGAUGACCUCCUGACUUCUUUCAACAGGGUGUUUUAAAUCAACCUUGCAGAUAAAAAUUAAUUGCAUCUUUUUCAAAGAAGUGGGGCAAUCUAGUACUUUGGAGGAUCCAAAAUGAUAGAUUAUGUUCCUCCUUUUUUCUCCCCCUUACCACAAAUAACAAUACUUGCUUAAAUUGGUUGAGCAUAUGCUUCUAUGAAAGUUAAUUUACAUUCUGUUUAAAAAAAUAACAUGAUUAAUGCUGUAUGGUUGGCAGGACACAUUUAUAGACAUUGUUUAACUUGGUCUCCCUAAGAGAUCUAACUUGUAAGUGGUAUUAGCCCCAUUUUUAGAUGAUGAAACUGCAGUGCAGAUGUUCAGGUUCUUUCUACUAAGUGACAUAGCCCAAAUGGACUGCUGGGUCUCCUGACAACGAAUCCCAUGGAUUUUCUACAUUAACAGGUUACCCAAAUGGACUGCAACCCACAGGCGUGACAGGGGUACCUAAGGAGAGCUGGCUGGGCUUGAACUCCGAUAGUGUAAAACCUACAUGAAAGUACUUAAGACUGAUGGAUAUAUAAGCAUGUACUGUGCAAUUCUGCUCCCCCCCCCCCCCCCGUUUACAGUCUUCUGUUUUCCUAGGGGUUCCAGCCUAUGAGACAAACUAUAGUGGGGCUUCAUUAUUACUUUCCACAUGGAUAAUAAUUAUCUGCAGUGUUGAUCUAAAAUCCUAAAAAAUUGCCCCGAAGUCAGGCAAAGAGCAAUGCUGAAACUCCAUACUAUGGAAACGAGGUAUCUAGCUGGAUGCAGCUGGUAAAUUCAGUCCCAUGGACCUUUGGGGUUUAUUUUUCUUAGUGGCUGACACCAUGUGUCUUUUGCAUCCCUGGUGGUGCUUGGUGCUUCUGCCCAUCUGGGCUCAUUGAGAAUAGGGAUUAAGAUAGGAUUUUAGGGAAUAUCAGAUGGGCUGGCAUUCCCUGUGUAUGUAUGAACUCUUACUAUACUUAUGGCAUUUUAACAAACCUUACAGAAUUUAUCCCAAUGUAUGCUGUCUAGAGUAGCCCCGCAGGAUAUUGCAUAGUUUUUCCAAUGAUGCUGCCUUUGGUGAAAACAUUUCUGGAACUGUCUUUGAAGUGUAGAAACAUUAAUGACAUAGACUCACUUCCAAAAUGUUAGAACUGGAAGGAACCAUAAUGGUUGUGUGUUUCAGCCUCCUCCUUUUACUAAGGCAGAUGCUGAAGAUCAGAACAGGCUCACUGAUCAAGGGAGUAUGUACAGCACCUUCUCAGAGCAGACCUUCAAUCUUUUGGAGUUACUGGAGAGAGAAAUUUAAGUUUGAAAGUAGUCAGAAGCUAUUUGAGGCCUCUGGGAAAGAAGAUGGGUUUAUUAAGAGGGUUUGGAGUCAUAAAUGAGGUGCCUGUAAAACACUCACAGCGAUUUUCUUGUGCAGCUCAUAGUUCCCAAACAGCUCCCAAAGAGAAAUUCCAGAGAUGUCUGAAGCAUUGUGCUCAUCACUGAGAUAUGUGGGUCUUUCCAGUGACUACUUUGGUGGGGAACCUCACUCACAUGAAUGUAUAUAUUCUGUGUGUGUGCGUGCGCAUGCGUGUGUGUGUAUGAACAAACGUGCAGGUGUGUUUUAAAAGUAUACAUCAAUCUCAGUACUUUAUAUUCAUACCACUUCAGUUCUAGGACCUACCGAACUUCAGGCUUCCAAGAGCUGCUAGAGGGCAGUUAGUGCCCAAAAUAGAAGAGCUGGCACUGAUCUGUAAAGGAAGGGAAGGGUGACCUUGAUGAAUGCCCAUAGAGAAAUGUAACCAUUACUGCCAUUUCAGGUGUUUCUUUUUUGAUCUUAGUAAAUAUUAUUGGAAGGCUAGUCUUGUUGGUAGUUGCAGAAACACUUAUUUUUUACCUCUUGCCAUCUUUUUCUGUAGCUCCAAUAAUUUGAAAAACAUUUUUAGGUAGAACUGAUUUUUUUUUUUUUUUUGUACUGGGAAACAAACUUAUGACCUCAUGCUUGCAAGGCAGGCACUUAUGCCAUUGAGUUAAAUCCCUGGCCCUGGAACUGAUUUUUUCUUUUGGUAAAAAGAUAAAUAUUUUAAUAGAUGAAAGAUGUUUUAAAUAUUUCCCUAAUAAUACUUUCAAAAGAACCCACAUAGCAGUAGCAACAAGUUUAGACUUCAUAUGCAGAGUAAAGAGCUAUUUCUUGUUAAGUGAAUAUUCUAAAUACUAGGUCCAGCUUACUGUCUACCACAUACCUACUGUGACGUUGAAGGUAGCAGAGACAAUUACUUUCCAUACUUCCUGCUGAGCAGGAGUCCUUCAAUUAUACACAGAGGUGUUUAGGUCUAUAUCUGCUCAGCUUUGGAGUAGAGGGAAAAACAAACCCACUGAGGUAUUGUAUUUUAAGAUGCUCUGCGUAUUUAAACUAAAACAUGUUUUUUCUCUCUGCAGAAUUUCCAUCUUGUUUCCAUUAUCAAGCUGGUCACAGGAGUUGUUGAUAGGGAUUCUUUGGGCAGGAGGCAGAUGAGAAAAAAAGAAAAGGAAGGAAAAACAAAUGAUGGGAAGCAGUGGUAAGCUAGAAUAAAAGAGAUAGUAUUUUACAUUUUAAAAAAAUUAAAAAUCAUUGAAGUUCAAGGCAUUAUACAAACUUCCCACAUCCUACUAACUCUUGUGUAUAUGCAUUCUUUUUUUCUUAUAUUAAAUAAAGUCAUGAGAGACGGAAAGAUGGGGUCAUUCUGAUGGAAAUCCAAGAAAUGUGGACCCUCAGGAAAGGGUUCUUAGCUCUUUUCUACAGAGAAGGAAAGACACUUCGGGAACAUGUUCCGACCCAUUGAUUCUGUCUGUUAGAAGUCAUCUGGCCACAUUGGGUUGGCAUCAAUUCGGAAAAGGUUGUGCACCCUGUCCCCUAUAACUGCCUCUUUAAAAAAAAAAUUGUCUUUUUUGGCCGAGGCUUUUCAGGGAAAACUUUUCUAAGUGGCUUCAUUUUUUUCCCCCCUGGAAGAAGUACUGGUCAUAAAAAAUAUCUUGUCUAGUUGUUGUUCAUUUUUCAUAUAAAAUGCCCCUAAGAGAUUAAAACAAAUAAUUGCUGUCUGGUUACAAACUGGUAAACCCAACUAAAAUAGGCUGCUAUUGUUGUCUGGUGCAGCUGAUGACUAGAGGCUGUGCUUUUUUAUCCUUUCAUUUCCUUUGACAGAUUACUUCUAAAGCUCUUAAACUUGUGCCAGCCCAGUACUGGGUUGUGGAGAUACAGAGAUGGAAAGAUGGUCCCUGGUCUUCAGGAACUCAGUGUCCAAUAGAAUAUAUUUGAAUGUGUGUGUAGCUGGAGUGUGUGUUAAUGGUCUUAAGAAAGGUCAUUUCUUUUAUAACAGUGCUCUUCGAUGGUCUUGUCUAGGAUGUUCUAUACCUAGCACUGCCUUUUAUAGAGACCUAUCAGUAUUUAUGAAAUGGUCACAAUAUUGCUUUCCAUAUGCUAAGUAAUUUUUACCAGGGGGGAAUGAAUCUUCUUCUCCUCUAGUGAUUAUAGAACAAUAUAACCUUUUUUCAGGGGCAGCUUUUAGUUUAAGCACCAAGAAACAAGGCAGGUGUAGAUUUCUGACAUGGUCAACCCCCCCCCCCCAUUUUAAUAACCAUCUAAUCUCUUCCCCAUUCUGACCUCUAAGAGCUGGCAGCAACUUGAGAUUUCUUUCCUUUUUUACUGCUGGCUGUUUAUUGAAGUGGAGGUAGGAGGAAGAAAAAAAUAAAGGCUAUAUUAUAAUCUUAGUAUAUUCUAGCUAGAAUAGGUAUGGAAAAUAUCAGACUUCCUCCACUCCAUGUCCCCCCCAUACUCCCCCUUUUUUUUAACAAAUGAGGAUCCAGUGCCCUGUGUACAAUUCUAUGUGUAGUGUUUUAGGGCCUGAAUAAAUAUUCCUUAAAGUUAUGUCCACAAUAUGAUUUGUAAGUGAAGGGAACACCCAAAUGUAGGAACUUUUAAAAAUAGCUCACACUUCAGUUAAAAUGUACCCAUAUACCCUGAAUACACACUCAGGUAGAGAAAAGCCCCACAGUGUAAUAGAAAUGUAUAAUCUUGAAAAGUGACAUACUUUAGUUGCAAUGAUUGCCAUUUUAAUUACCAAUAGUUAAAAGCUAGCUAGGUUUUGAUUUUCUUUUCUUUUUUUUUUUUUUUUUCUCAAAAUUGAAAACUCCUUUGGGUCUUAAAUCUUAGCCUUUCCCUCAUCAACUCAUAGAGUGGUCUUUUGGCUUGGUCAUUAGGUUGAACAUGGCUGAUUAUGAAUUUUUGGAACUCAUGAGAAAGGUCUAUGGGGAGGUGGGGAGCACAUUCUAGGGACCCAUACUGCUGAGCAGAUUUAAGGUGGCGCUUAGAAAUGCCUCUUUACAUGAUUGUUAUCCACUAUAGCUUUCUGAAGAUUAGUUCUGUAGAUACUUAAGAGAUAUACAGAGCUUACCACUUUAGACAUUAAUCAAAUGAGAUGAAGGAAAAAGUGCCAAAACAGUGUGCAGAUUGUUCUACGUAUUAAUAUUUUUUCUAAUAAAAGUACUCUCUUCCUUCUGAGUACAUGCUUCCUUAAUACCUUGCCAAGAAGGUGGCAGUUUUUAAUUAUGUGAGAGGCAAGGUCAAACUCUGAGCAGACUCCCUUCCUUUCAUUUCAUUUAAUAAAAGGCAUAGACAAUAAUGCCCUUAAGAGCUCAAGAGUAGCUUUUGGCCCUGGUUCCGGAUUAAGGUGGCAGCACUCAGCUUCUCCCUGGUUGGCACUGCCUACCCUCCGUGCACCAGUGGAGCUGGGCUUUCACUCUCAACCAAGUUUAUAUCAGACAUGUUAGCACUAACCCUGAGCCUCCCAGCAGAACACUUAAAGUCCCAGCAAGAGAAUAGGUACUAUGCAAGGGGAAAAAUGAUUAUUUUGAAUGCCAACUAAUAGAUUUUUUCUUUUUAUGUGCUGUUUACUCAAUUCUUUGUAUAAUAUUGUUGUCCAAAAGGCCUUUUCCCCUUCCGCCUAGAAAUAGAAAAUGGGUUGUCUGUUGGUUUUAUUUAACCUGCUGCAGCUCCCUGGUGGUCUGGUGGUUACAACUUACACACAACCUGCUAUGUACAUUAAAAUUGGAGAAGAGGCCUGGAUCCUUGGAGACUGCCACCUCUUCAACGCACCAUAAAGAUCAUUUUGACAAAGACUUGGAAAAGACCAUGCCCUAUCAGGGAUGCUUCUACCACAAUGAAAUGCUAUGGAAUCAAGUGGGACAAUGUGUUGUUUAUUUACAGUACCAAAGUGCAUUCUUCAAUGUGUAUUUGCCUGCUUCAGGCAAGGCCCAAGUUGAAAAUACAGUAAAGUAAAUUCAUGAAAGUAAA